AUGGAACAUACAUCAAAGUUAUACGACUACCUUAACUUGAAAAUUUACAUCGAUAAUCUUUUAAAAAGAUACAAAGCAGGAGAAUAUAUGGGCACUAUUCAAUUCAGCUCUAACCGUUUAAAAUGGAAAGACAUACGUGAUUUCGUAAACGAAGACCUAGCGCCAUCACAAGAAAACAGAAGGACAAAACAGUUAAUCAAAAAUGCGUUUGAACAUCGCCUUUGCAGGUUAAAUGCAGAAGAGAAGAAAUGUUUUCUAAAACUUUUGAUGGAGUUAGUUCAAUCUUCUAAUCCAUCCGCUGGCUCAUUUGAGAAACCAUUAUCAGAACCUAUGAUAGGCUUAAUUACCGAAUUUCUUUCCUCUAUACAUGCCUAUUGUAGAGCUAACAACAAUUCCACCAUCACUUAUGACACUUGGCUACAGAAUUUAGUCAAUUUCCAACACUGCUCAUAUUUUAAAUUAUCAUAUUUUGAAGUUAGUACCAAUAAAGGUGCUACAAAAAAUAUUUUAGGAGAGGAAUCCGACAUUUUCCACUUCGACGAAACUACAGUGGACGAAAUUGAGUUAUCCUCUUUCAGACACCUCAGCCACAUCCUGGCAUUUACCAUUCCCCUGUACAAUAUGGGAUCUAAGGAGGUCCAUUUGAGCAUAACAUUAAGUCAUUGGUUAGAUCCUUUGAUAAAUUACCUAGGUGGUACAAUAGAGCAAGAACUGACAAUCCAUCAAAUUGAAACUGAGCAGCCCACUAAAUACUCGGUACCCCUUUGUGGUACAAUUAGAUAG